CAUUUGUACAAUUUGGAUCAAUAUAAGUUUUAAAUGAAUAUCAGAAUGAUGCUUUCUCUAUUGAUCUUAAAUAUGAUGAUGCUUGAAUUCAAAAAGAUAAUUUUUAGUUAAAUAUCAAUGUGUAUGUAUUGCACAAUCAGAAGAUACAUUUGAAUAUUACUCGUAAGGUAAUAUCUAUUGGACCCUAAUUGGAUUAAUAAGGGUAAUUUAUUGUUAAAUAUUAAUACAUAGGAAUUGCAUUAUACAAUUUGAAUUAAUAAUAAGAUGUAAUCCGAUGUUAGAAUGAAGCUAAGGUAUUGCAAUAUAGAAUUUGAUUUAAUCUGAAGAUGCAAUUCAAUGUAAGAAUGAAGCUAUAUACAGAUCUGUUGAUGCAUUGAUUAAUGCAUUAUACAAUUUCAAUUAAUUUGAAGAUGCAAUAGGGCAAUUUAUUGUUUAACAUUAAUGCAUAGGUAUUGCAUUAUACAAUUUUUAAGAUGAAAUUUAAUGUCAGAUAUCUAAUAACUCUAAUGAUAUUGAUUCAUGGAUUAAUAAGGGUAAUUUUUAUGGUUAAAUGUUAAUAUAUGGAUACUAAAAUUUUACAAUUUGAAUUAAUAUGAAGUUGUGAUUCAAUGUUAGAAUGAAGCUAGGUAAUUUAUUGUUAAAUAUUAAUUUAUCUC